CUGUCUCUCCUCUCUCCUCAUGUAUCUCUCCUCUCUCCUCAUCUGUUUCUCCUCUCUCUUGCCCUCAUCUAUCUCUACACAUCUGUCUCUCUUCUCCUCUCAGAGUGCAUUGUUUCCACUACCUGAUUCCCCUGGCCAAGCAGGGGAACUAUGCCAUAGUGGCCAACGUGGAGAGCAUGGACUACGACCCCUUGGUGGUCAAACUCAACAAGGACAUCAGCGCCAUCGAGGAGGUGAUGGGCGCCGCGCUGCAGCAGCACAAGUUCCAGUACAUCUUUGAAGGUCUUGGCCACCUGAUCUCCUGUAUUCUGAUCAAUGGAGCCCAGUACUUUAAGAGGAUCAGUGAGUCUGGCAUCAAGAAGAUGUGUAGAAACAUCUUUGUCCUGCAGCAGAACCUCACCAACAUCACCAUGUCUAGAGAGGCCGACCUGGACUUCGCUAGGCAGUACUAUGAGAUGCUGUACAACGCUGCAGAUGAGCUGCUCAACCUGGUGGUGGACCAGGGCGUUCGCUACACCGAGCUGGAGUACAUCCACGCCCUCAGCCUGCUGCAGAGGAGCCAGACGGGCGUGGGAGACCUGAGCACGCAGAACGUCCGGCUGCAGCGCCUCAAGGAGAUCAUCUGCGAGCAGGCAGCCUUCAAGCAGGCCACCAAGGACAAGAAGAUCACUACUGUUUGAGAGGGGGGACAUUGGGAGGCUGUUGUUGGCAAUGGUCUGUUUGUAUUACUGUCCAGUGUUUCUCAACCUCCUGUCUGGAUAAAGGGUUUAGAUUAAAGCUAGUAUUUGAGAGCUGACCUAGCAGUGUCAGCUAACCGUCUGAGGGACUGGUCAGCACCUCCACAGGGACUGGUGUUGAACUGGGUUUGUAAAAGUCCUAACUGAGUCUUGAUUAGAUCCCAUGGCAGACCGUAAAUAACCAUGUAAUAUGUUUUGGGGGUUGAGAUAAUGCUGGUAGGCUGUACAUUAAUUAGUUACUGAUUUAAGGGUUGAACUUAGUUACCAAUAUGUAUCUGUUGUUGUAACUCAUCUGUUUAUUCACUGGCAAGAAUGCAGCCAGUUCCUCAAUAAAUCACACACACACACACACACACACACACACACACACACACACACAACACACAACACACAACACACACACACACUCCAACUUAAAAAAUGACUCCCUUCAAUCAUCCCAUAUGUGGUCGGCCCUAGUCUCACCUGUGGAGAAUGGGGGAAUUUUCUGAGAGUCUGGCUUUGGGGCCUUUCUCAUCUCAUUGUCUCAUUACAUCUAACUGCUGCUCUCAAUUACAGCUCUACCUCCAGCUCUCCCUCGUGGGCCCGCUGACUGUGUCUGCAAUACCAGAUGCCAGAUUAGACUGUCUAGAUUAUCACUUCUCUCCCCCUGCUUGUGGCCAUUUUGUGGCCAUUCUUCUUCCCCAAGGACAAAGAAAGGAAUUGGUUCCUCACCUCAGCUGUGGUUCACUCUAUUUUUCUCUCACUUUUAGAAUAAUGUAGAUUGGAUAUAAUGUAGCUAUAGCCGAUUCUGAUUAUGGUAUUUGCCACUGUCCUGAAAUGCAUUGACUGUGCUGCAGCGUUGAGGUGUACAUGUGUGCUAUGGGAUGAGGGACAAUAUAUCCAGUACAAUUUAAGUGUGUAUUUUGUCCCAACACUCAAGGUCUUGAACUUAAUAGGGAUGUAAUUGCAAAUCACUACUCCCCUUCCUACCACUACAACUGUUAACUUCUGCUAGAACUAUUCUAAAGUGAAUACACUUGCAAGGAGUCACAAAUCAUUCCUUCCCCUGCAUCCCCUCAGUAUAUUUAGUUAAUUAACUCAGAGGAAAAGUACUUAACAAGAGCGGGGGAGGGAGGAAAGAGAACAGGGGAGAGUUGUGGCAGUGCUGCUCACCAGAACCCAGCGGAACCAUCCAUCAUAAUGACAUGUAGGCUGGGAUCAAUAUGAGCCUUGUGGUUGCCGGAGGGAUUGCUUCGUGCCAUAGGAACAGCAUUUGUUUUACUCAGCACACUCAAGACGUACACACACACACUAAACACGUACUAUAUUACACACACACACUAUGGAGGUCUCUAGCUUGCAGUACUCUGCACAACUGAUGAGUUUUUUUCCUGCUGAUUUGGGAACAAGGGAACACUCCAUCUGGAUUGAAAUGAUCCGGUAUAUCGGACCCCUUUACCCACAUUUUAAAUAAUGGGGCAACUCAUUGUAAAGAUCUACAAAUAUAUUUCACUUGUUUUUUACGCUUUGCUUUAUUUGUUUGUUUACUAAGACAUGUCGUUUUGCACAUCUACAGUGUGUAAUAUGAGAGUGGUUUCAUGUCAUCAGUUUUUUCACAACCAUCUGAUAAGAAUGGAGGUUAAUGAGUCCCGUUGUGAUUUAAGGAUGUAUUUGAUCCUUUCUCCAUUGUCUGUUAAACGUCCCUUUUCAGACCAACGCUUUGACUAUCAAUCCUUCACUCAACUAAAGAAAUAUGACCUGCCAUUGUGUACACUGAUCUUGCUGAAAUAAAACCUCAAAAUUCCCCUGUG